CGCCAGUGCGCUGCAGCCGGCGCACUGCACUUAUCCGAAGCCAGGAGCCAGGUGCUUCUCCUGGUCUCCCAUGGGGUGCAGGGCCCAAGGACUUGGGCCAUCCUCCACUGCCUUCCUGGGCAAUAGCAGAGAGUUGGCCUGGAAGAGGGGCAACCGGGACAGAAUCUGGCACCCCGACUGGGACUAGAACCCCGUGUGCUGGCACCGCAGGCAGAGGAUUAGCCUAUUGAGCCACGGCGCUGGCCUUGAGGAGAUUUUGAUGAGUAGUGUUUUAAGAUUCUGAGCAUGAAAGGAGGUAAGGUGUGAGUUGUGAUGGAAGACGGCUAUUUGAUCUUUUGGCUUACCCAGUGUAUUUUAGCAAUAAUAGGUUCAUGGCAGUGCUUGAGCUCUGGAGAGCUGUGUGUAAGGUUGCCAUGCUUUUUAUUUCUCCCAGCCCAGAUCUCCUGGGAGGAAAAUUUAGUGCAGUUACUAAUGUUUGAGCAAACUCAGGGAUAGAACAGCUAGCUGCUGUUAGUUGACGUCCCUUUAAUGGUAAACUCACUGUCCAUACAUAUUCUUGUUGAGAAAGAUUUAGCCUAUAUUGUUGAUACCUUUUAUACAAUUUUUUCCUAACAGAGCAUCUUGUUAGACAGGCACUAAAACCAAGCAAUGCACUAAAAUUGUAUAAUGAUGAUACAAGAAGAACAGCGCCCUUAUGUAAGGGAGGCUUGUGUCAAGGGUAACUUCUGCUAUGAGUACUCCUUUGAAUCUGAUUCACUGUAGAAGAGAGUUGACAUCACUGGCAGCUCUGGAUAGUCAUAUGCAAUUUUGCUUGUUUUCUCUUAGCAAUAUGCAAUUUUUUAUGUCCCAAGAUAGUGGGGGUAGUAAAAAAUUCAUAAACUAUUGCAGCUAAAUGAAGGUUAACACUGUGAUACUCCUUUUACUUGUUGCUCCGACACUUUGCCUUUCUGCUAGUAGCUUGUAAUCACCCACUUGAUCUCUAAAAACUACUAUUAACAUGGUUAUUAAAGUCCUGAACUCGACUCUGGUUUACUUUUAGGGCACUUGCUAUUACUCUUAGGUCUGUGAUAUGGAUUAAAAUGUCCCCCUCUUUCUCAUUUAGAACGACUCUGCUCGUGGUGAUUACAUGCAAAGUAAUGAGACCAAUUUAAUAGAACAAGCCCCAGUACCUCAGGAUGGACUUCCCAUGGCGCCUCACAGAGCUCAGCGAGAAGCUGUACACAUUGAGAAGAUAAUGUUGAAAGGAGUCCAGAGAAAAAGGGCUGACAAAUAUUGGGAGUACACUUUCAAAGUAAAUUGGUCUGAUCUUUCAGUCACAACAGUAACAAAAACCCAUCAAGAACUGCAGGAAUUUCUACUGAAGCUUCCAAAGGAAUUAUCUUCAGAGACUUUUGAUAAGACCAUCUUAAGAGCCCUGAAUCAGGGUUCCUUGAAAAGGGAAGAGCGGCGACACCCUGACCUGGAGCCCAUCCUAAGGCAGCUGUUGUCGACUUCGUCACAAGCUUUUCUGCAGAGUCAGAAAGUGCGCAGCUUUUUCCAGUCCCUGUCGCCAGACUCCCGGCCCAGCCUCAAUAAUUUACAGUCCUCUCUGAAGACUUCUAAGAUACUAGAACACUUGAAGGAAGACAGCUCAGAAGCUUCAAGUCAAGAAGAAGAUGUGUUACAGCACACCCUAAUCCACAAGAAACAUACCGGGAAAAGUCCCAUUGUGAACAACAUUGGUACGAAUUGUUCUCCAUUGGAUGGGCUUACCAUGCAAUAUUCUGAACAGAAUGGAAUCGUGGACUGGAGGAAGCAAAGCUGCACCACCAUUCAGCACCCAGAGCACUGUGGGACCUUAGCUGACCAACAUUCUGCUGAAAAACGGAGCUUAUCUUCAAUAAAUAAGAAGAAAGGAAAGCCACAAGCAGACAAGGAGAAAAUGAAGAAAAGUGACAGCAGAUUGAAUAGCAGGAUAAAUGGGAUUAGACUCUCCACUCCUCAGAAUGCCCAUGGUGGGACUGUGAAAGAUGUGAAUUUGGAUAUUGGAUCUGGACACGACACAUGUGGAGAGACAUCUUCAGAGAGUUACAGUUCUCCGUCUAGUCCACGACGUGAUGGAAGAGAAAGUUUUGAAAGUGAAGAAGAAAAAGACAGAGACACGGACAGCAAUUCUGAGGAUUCUGGGAAUCCAUCAACAACCAGGUUUACAGGUUACGGUUCUGUCAACCAGACUGUCACAGUCAAGCCACCUGUUACGAUUGCUUCACUAGGAAACGAGAAUGGAAGUCUUCUAGAGGAUCCCUUAAACUCACCCAAGUAUCCACCAAUUCCUUUUAUGCCAACUCUACACUGUGUCCUGCACAAUGGUGCCCAGAAGGCCGAUGUUGUCAUUCCUCCCUCCAAAUCUGCUGAUGGCAAGACAAUUGGGAUGCUCGUUCCUAGUCCUGUUGCUAUUUCUGCAAUCAGGGAGCCCACAAGCUCAGCCCCUGUGGGAAUCCUAGGGCCCACAGCCCCCACUGGAGAAGCAGAGAAGCACCGCGAAUUACUGGCUCCCCCUCUACCCACCCCGUCCGCCUUCCUUCCACACGGGAGCACUCCCACGUUGCAUGCAACAUUUCAGGGGCUGAAAUCGCCACCGCCACCGGGCUCUGCCGAGAGUUGCACAGUGAAUCUCCCGCAGCAGCCCACUGCAAGCCUGAGCAUCGGAUCACCAAACACUGCCUUUAUUCCUGUCCACAGCCCGGGUGGUUUCCCAGGAUCUCCUGUUGCUACCGCAGACCCCAUCACAAAGUCUGCAUCCCAAGUGGGAGGACUAACUCAAAUGGUGCCUCAAAUUGAGGGAAACACAGGGACAGUCCCUCAGCCUACCAAUGUGAAGGUAGUUCUUCCAGCAGCUGGCCUCUCAGCUGCUCAGCCACCAGCUCCCUACACCUUACCAGGCUCUCCCCUCGCUGCCAGCGUGUUACCCACCCCAAGUUCCAGUGUGCUCAACACGGCAGCCACCGCUGCCCAGCCAGUGAGUGCCGGCAUCAGUCAGGCCCCGUCGACGGGGCCUCCCGCUGUUCCCACCCACACCCCGGGCCCUGCCCCGAGCCCCAGUCCAGCUCUGACACACAGCACCGCGCAGAGUGACAGCACAUCUUACAUCAGUGCCGUGGGCAGCACGAGCGCUAACGGGACAGUGGUGCCACCACAGCAGAUGGGCUCGGGUCCUUGUGGUUCUUGCGGGCGAAGGUGCAGCUGUGGGACCAAUGGAAACCUUCAGCUAAACAGUUACUACUACCCUAACCCAGUGCCCGGCCCCAUGUACCGAGUCCCGUCGUUCUUCACCCUGCCAUCCCUCUGCAAUGGCAGCUACCUCAACCAAGCACAUCAGAGCAAUGGAAACCAACUUCCUUUUUUUCUGCCUCAGACUCCAUAUGCAAAUGGACUGGUGCAUGACCCAGUCAUGGGGAGCCAAGCCAACUAUGGCAUGCAGCAGAUGGCAGGAUUCGGGAGGUUCUAUCCCGUGUACGCAGCACCUAAUGUCGUUGCCAACGCCAGUGGUUCGGGGCCCAAGAAGAACGGCAGCGUGUCAUGUUACAAUUGCGGCGUAAGCGGCCACUAUGCGCAGGACUGUAAGCAGUCGUCCAUGGAGGCCAGCCAGCAAGGCACUUACAGACUGAGAUACGCACCUCCCCUCCCCCCUCCUAAUGAUACGUUGGAUUCUGCAGACUGAACCGAGUAAAGCUUCCUACUUAAUACCCUCGAGUGUGGGAAGUCAGGGGUGUGGAGGGGAGGAAAGGAAAGGUAUUUGUUUCUUUGUCUAUACAUUUCCUAGAUUUCUAUGCAGUUGGGGAUUUUCCUUUCUCUUGUACCAAUGUCCAAAACGAGCGGACGCCGUGCCCUGAGCCUGUGGUUUCGUGGCUCACGGCGGGCAGCCUCCAGACAUGCAGCCACGCGGUCAGAGGGAGGACGUGGACGCGGGCUCUUUUAUUACACUGAAUACUUGCUGUGUGCAAUGUUUACUGAAUCUUUAAAACUGUGUAUUUGACUUUUUUUUUACAACACUGGUGACAGUCAUAUGGUUUCGAAAAAAAAGAAACUUUGCUUCUUCCCCAGCUUUUUCACUUUGACCCUGAACUACACGUUUCUCCCCUCCCCUCCCCUCACGCUGCCUGCUGCCCAGGAGUCCCCGGCAGUGUCCCCGGCUCCCACUUUAUAAACGCUCUGCUACAAACAAGGGCAAAGGUUCCACCUUCAUCGAUGGGACAAAUCAAAUUCCCCAAACCGUGUGUAUAUAUGCAACGAACAGCAUCCCGUAAAUGCAUACAUGCAGCAACACAAAUGAAAAUAAGUGGAAGAGGAAGAAAAACCAUAUGAAGCGAAAAGAUAGGACAUAUGAAAUAGACAAAAAGCUUUUUCUUAAAAAAAAAAAAAGGAAUAAAAAAAGCAACCCUUUUUACUUCCAUCGUCCCUCCCUAGCCUGUUGCUUCAGAGAGAGCCAAGUGAACACUGGCGCGAGUCUGGUCUCCGUGUGCUUGUGUGUGUAGUGAAGUCGGCAGCCAAUCGUACUUGUCGCCUACCACCAAGUCAUGCUCGCAGACACUACUCAAGUAAAGAUUUCUUCUUUUCCUACACCAACUGUUACAGUGUUAACGUUGUGUUCCAAAUGUGUGUGGUUUAUCGCAAUCCGAACAGCGCUGUGGGUCUCUACAAAAAGUCAGGGAUUUGUUCCCUAACCUGUCUCUUGUAGCAAAGUCACUUUUAUAACAGUUUACCACUCUGCUUGAUCAUAAUGUGAAAGACUGAAUUCUGAGUGUGUGAAGAUGGUAUUAAUCAUGUCAGUGUCAUGUCACUAAGUUUAAUGCUGCUGUUUAAAAACAAACUUUUUUUAAAAGCCAAUCUAUGUACUAAAUUGCUUCCAGGUAAUUUUUGAUUUCCUGAAGUGCACUGAGGUUAUCUGGAAGAUGGGGUGUAUUUUUGGUGACUGCUGCAUUCCACAGCGAUGAACAAGCACGCGGUAGAGUCCUAGCUUAGGGGUUAGGGGUUUUGUUUUCCCGUUCAGUAGAGAGCAGAAAUGCUAGACCCUUGUUGUGUGGAGUAACCUUGGUAUGCAGCAGAGGAACUCAAGUAUCUGGUCUGGGUUCAGAAGCCUAACAGAUCGCUAGACAAAAGCAAAAACUUGAAAAAGAAGCUUAAUUGAAUGCUUCCUAAGUAGCAUUUAUAUUUAUAGCACCAAUGUACAGUUUGAAACUUUCAGGGGUGGGGAUCAUGGGGAAGGGGGGGGUGUGACGGGGUAGAUGAAAGCUUUAAUUUAGAAAGAAAAAGUUUGAGUAAAGGAAAUUAUUUUGAGUAAAUAUAUUUUAUUUGAUCUGGGUAUUUUUGGACCACAUUAAAUUAAUUGUUAAGCUGCAGUUGAGUUGUUAGUGAGAGUGCUGAUAAGCCACGUACGGGGCGCGUUGUGAAUCACCUGCCGGUUGUACUUUAUGGAGCUUAUUUUAUGAUUUAAAAUACUGUACUGUACACAGGAGGUGUGUCACCUCCUCCUUAUUUGUAUGUUUACCAUAUACUUUGAUAUUUGAAAUGUUAUGUACUGGAAAGGCCACUUAUAUUUCUAGAACAGAUUGGAUUUUAUGCAACCUUUUUUCCUUGAAUUAACAGCAAUAAAAAAAAUGAAAAACA